AUGCGUGGAGUCCCCCAAACUUGCCUGGACUCCAAAUCACACCCACUAGGAUGGCAGACUAUCCAAUCCCAAGUCGAACCCUACUUUGCACAAAACUGGAAAUUUCCCAGCGAAAAGGCAAAACAGGGAUUCCUCGCGGUAGGAUUUUCACAAGCGUUCAGUCAAUUUUUCCCACUUACGGUGAACGAACGGGUGGUGGGGACUUGUAAGAUGCAUUAUCUGGCAUUGCUGAUUGAUGAUCAACUGGAGAAGAUGAGUUUGGCCGAUAUGUUGUCCUACCGCGAGCGAGUCGUACGCAUUGCGCAUGGUGAAGAAACACCAGAUCGCGAGAUUUGUAUCGAGUGGAUGCUGUCGGACACACUCCGGAUCAUCCGAGAAAUUGAUGAGAUUCUCGGGAAGGAUCUCAUCGAGGCAUUCUGCACGUUACUUCGAGCACAGACGGCCCAGGAACGUUUGACUAUAGUACAUUUGGCGCCCUACCUGGCAGCUCGUGAGGUAGACGUGGGAAGAACAUUCUACGCCGCGCUCAUCCGAUACGGCGCCAAGCUUCAUCUCAGCCCGGCUGAAUUGGCCCAGACGGCCGCAUUGGAAAGUCACGCAUUCCGAUUCAUGGGCGUGCUGAAUGAUAUAUACAGUUGGGAUCGUGAAUGGAAAGUCUACCAAGAAGAUCCCACAGAUGGAGCUCGGCCUUUCUCGGCUGUUUACAUUCUAGCCGAAGAGACGGGGUUGUCGUUUGCGGCUUGUAAGAGGUUGUUCUAUUCUUACUGUCGGGAGUUAGAGCUCCUUCUAAAGCAGUCUGGCGAGGAGAUUAAACGACAGAAUGGCGAUGCUCUGAGACCCGAGAUGGAAAUGUAUAUCAAAGCCUUGGAGUACCUGAUGAGCGGGAUCGAACAAUGGAGUCAAUGGACACCACGCUACAAAUGA